GAUAUACAUCCUCAAAAGACAUUUCCAGACAGAAAUUAAAACAGUUAGUUUUUUCCUAAAUAUGUAUGUAACAAGGCCUCUUUGUUACUACCAAAAGAAUCCAGAUGCUCUUUCAUUAUCUCCUGAAGGUCCAAAUUCAGGUUACUUAGUGAUUCAAGAUGAGGAUUCUGAAACUUAUUGCUGUUUUGGACUUUGUAAAAGUUAUGAUGUCAGGGACCUGCCUUUCCCUCAGAACAAGAAGCUGACUGUUCGAUACCAAAGGACCGAUGCAAUGAACUCUCGUACUCAUAGUGAUGAUCAAAACAUGAGAAUUCAAAGGGAUGAUGUAAUGUUCAUUCCAGUUCUUAAUAAGCCAUUGUCAUCCAAUCAUUAUUAUGCUAUCAAGCCUCACGGAAAACACAAGGGACAAGCAUUUACUUGUUCAAAGGAGGAAGAAAAGCAAACAUGCUGUUUCUGCAGAUGUGUACGAGACGUUAAACCGAAGCCAUUAGAUCCAGAUGAGGUAUAUCAGCAGUUUCAGAUUUGUCCAUAUGAUACAGGUUGCAGUGCCAAAGGAAACUUUUUCGCUAAGUCUCUUGCACCAGAUGGUUUCCCACCGCACUUUCUAAGGAGAAAAGGAUGGCAUCUUUGUGCUAAAACUCCUAAAAAUUAUGAAUUAAAUGAUGAUGCAUUAGGCCUCAAUGCUGAGUUGAGGCAGCAACUUCCAGAGUUGAAUUUCGCACCAUCUUGUAAAAGUUCAGAAGUUGUUGUUAUAGGGAAAUGGUAUUGUCCUUUCAUGUUUAUUAAAGAUGGAAUAGUAUUACUUAAAGAACAGAUGAAGAGAUCAAUGUUCUAUGAAAUGACACUUGAGCAGAAAUGGGAGCAGUUUUUCACUUGUCAAAAUGAUUACAUUAAUGAAGGGAAUUCAGUACUUGUUGAUGUUGCACUUGACACUGAAGUUGUCCUAAUUGCUGGAACUAAAGCAACAUGGGAUGAUAAAAAUGUCGUCGAACGAGUAAUAUGGUUUAGAAGCUAUGAUAAAGAUGGAAAAGAAGUAACAAGUGUGGGAUUGAGAGAAGAAAUAGUUGAAAGAAUGAAGUGGGAACAAGAAAGAGGUGGAUGGCAAAAACAAGGGGGGAUUAAACAAGUUGAGCAGUACAGAGAAAAUAGUAGUGGAUGGAGAAGAUUCAGUUGCUAUGUGUUGAUUGAGAGGUUUGUGUUGAGGAGAAUGGAUAGAAGUCUAGUAAUGACUUAUGAUUUCAAGCACACUAAUAAAGUUAAGGGUUUAUGGGAAUGACAGUAUGAUAUGACACCAGAUUAUAGCUGAUGAAUGAUGUUACUGUGUGCAUGUGUGCAGUGGCGAAACCAGGAAUUUCACGAAGGGUGUUCAAAAUUUAAUAUACACUUGCAACAAACAAUUUUUGACCUAUACACACAAUAUAAGUUUCAAUAUUAACUUUUUUUUCAAUGAAGGAUAUUUAGUUGACCAUCCUUCAAUGUAUGUAGCUACGCCACUGCAUGUGUGGCAAUUGGUUCUCGGGAGUCACAAAUUGAUAAAGGGUUUAAGUUAUACACAACAAUGUAAUGAAUUUUAUUUUAUUUUGGGUUGCGGCUGUUCCCUGGAUCCUGCGUGAAUGUAGGAUGCUUUACGCAUCAGACCGCCUUUUGCUGUAAUUUAACUGGUUCACGAUGAAGAG